AUGGGUCACCAGAAGCUCUAUUGGAGCCAUCAGAGGAAAUCUGGCCAGGGUUCUCAUUCUUGCAUCUGCUCAAACCCACACGGUCUGAUAUGGAAAUACCGCCUCAAUAUGUGUCGCUUCCGUCAGUAUGCCAAGGAUAUUGGCCUCAUUAAAUUGGAUUAA